AGGAAAAUGAAAGUAGUCCGAAUGCCCAAAACCCAACGCUAAAAAUAAACAGGAAAAGCAGUACUGCCCAAAGCACGAGAAAGAACCUCCCACCCACUACUCCCACUAUGAUCUCUCACUCUCUUUUCCCCCUCUCCUUCUUCUUGCUUCUUCCAUUGCUGUCUCUGCACUUUCUUCCGCACCCUGUUCUCUGUCAGUGCAAAAGACCCCCGGUUAUCUUCAACUUCGGAGACUCCAACUCCGAUACGGGUGGUCUCGUCGCCGGUCUCGGUUUCCCUGUCAACUUCCCAAAUGGCCGUACCUUCUUCCGCCGAUCGACUGGUCGGUUGUCCGAUGGCCGGCUCCUGAUCGACCUCCUCUGCCAGAGUUUGAAUGCAGGGUUUCUGAGGCCAUAUCUAGAUUCCUUGGGUGGGGCCAACUUCACAAAUGGUGCAAACUUUGCAGUUGUGGGCUCCUCUACUCUCCCUCGAUAUGUCCCAUUUUCUUUGAAUAUUCAGAUCAUGCAGUUCCUUCGUUUUAAGGUUCGCUCCAUUGAACUUGUUACAGCAGGUUCACGGAAUAUGGUCGAUGAUGAGGGAUUUCGGAAUGCACUCUACAUGAUUGAUAUGGGGCAAAAUGACCUCGCUGAUUCAUUCUCCAAGAACUUCUCUUAUGCACAAGUUGUAAAAAGAAUUCCAUCAAUUCUUAGAGAAAUCCAAAAUGCAGUCAAGACUUUGUACAAUGAAGGUGGCCGGAACUUUUGGAUACAUAGCACUGGUCCUUUGGGUUGUCUACCUCAAAAGCUGUCUUUAGUUCAAGACAAGGUUUUGGAUUCCUGUGGAUGCCUUUCAGCUUAUAAUUCGGCUGCAAGAUUGUUCAACGAAGGACUGCACCGUUUAUGCCUAGAGAUGACAUCUGAAAUGAAGGGUGCUAAUAUAGUCUAUGUAGAUGUAUAUGCCAUAAAGUACGAUCUCGUUGCCAACUCCACCAAAUACGGUUUCUCAAAUCCCCUAAUGGCAUGCUGCGGCUAUGGCGGUCCACCGUACAAUUACAAUAUCAAGGUGACAUGUGGUCAACCCGGCUAUCAGGUAUGCGAUGAAGGUUCAAAACUCAUAAGCUGGGAUGGGAUCCAUUACACCGAAGCUGCAAACACCUUUGUAGCCUCAAAAGUACUCUCCACAUCUUAUUCUACACCACGUACCUCAUUUGAUUUCUUUUGUAGUGGCGGUUGACUACCUAGGGAAGUCAUCAAUGUGCAAGCCUUGAUGAUGUUCAUAUGUCUGUCUUUCUUUGUAAUGGUGCCACAAGCAUGGUGAUUCUGCUUUGUAAAAGGUCUUAAGAUUUUGGUCAAGUUGAAGAGGGUUGUAAACUUAUUUGCCAAGCAAAAACAGCCUAUGGAAGAUUUACCUC